AUGGGAAGCAUCGCACAGCUGGUGAGCUCAAAACGCUACUUGCCACUACCAAAUUACCGAAUAGAGAGCGGGCGUUGUUCGGUCUGGGCGAGUAGCCCCGGCAGGCGGCACGCGGUGGCCGGGCGGAAGCACGGCCCCAGCUCUCUGAUUUUGUGUCCUUUCGUCCGUUUUCAGGAUAUUCAGCACACGGAGGAGUUCUUCAUCAAACCCGAGUCCCGCGUGGCCCAGCUGGACACGUCGCAGUGGCCGCUGCUGUUGAAGAACUUUGACAAGUUAAAUGUGUUGACAGCACACUACACACCCCUUCCUUCUGGUGCUAAUCCGCUGAAGAGAGAGAUCUCUGACUACGUUAGGUCAGGCUUUAUUAACCUCGACAAACCUUCCAAUCCAUCUUCGCACGAGGUGGUUGCAUGGAUCCGACGCAUCCUUCGAGUGGAGAAGACUGGACAUAGUGGCACUCUGGAUCCUAAGGUGACUGGGUGCCUGAUUGUGUGCAUUGAGAGGGCGACACGACUGGUCAAAUCUCAGCAGAGUGCAGGCAAAGAGUAUGUGGGAAUUGUUCGGCUGCACAAUGCAAUUGAAAGUGAGGCCCAGCUGGCCAGGGCAAUAGAAACUCUGACAGGCGCACUGUUUCAGCGACCGCCCCUCAUUGCUGCUGUGAAGCGACAGCUGAGAGUCAGAACCAUCUAUGAGAGCAAGCUAGUGGAGUAUGACCCUGAAAGAAGAUUAGGUAUCUUCUGGGUGAGCUGUGAAGCAGGCACGUACAUCCGAACACUCUGUGUUCACCUUGGCUUGCUGCUGGGUGUUGGAGGCCAGAUGCAAGAGCUCCGGAGAGUGCGCUCAGGGAUUCUGGGAGAGAAGGACAACAUGGUGACUAUGCAUGAUGUACUGGACGCGCAGUGGCAGUACGACAACAACAAGGAUGAUAGCUACCUGCGAAGGGUUAUCCUGCCCUUAGAGAAGCUACUGACUUCACACAAGCGGCUAGUUAUGAAAGACAGUGCGGUUAAUGCCAUUUGCUAUGGAGCCAAGAUCAUGUUGCCUGGUGUCCUGAGGUAUGAAGAUGGCAUUGAGCUUAAUCAGGAGAUUGUUGUCAUCACCACAAAAGGAGAAGCCAUAUGCCUAGCGGUUGCCUUGAUGACCACCGCGGUCAUUUCCACCUGUGACCAUGGAGUUGUGGCGAAGAUCAAGAGAGUGAUCAUGGAGAGAGACACGUAUCCCCGCAAAUGGGGCCUCGGUCCCAAGGCCAGCCAGAAGAAGAUGAUGAUCCAGAAGGGUCUGUUGGACAAGCACGGGAAGCCCAACGAGAGCACGCCGGACUCCUGGAAGAAGGAGUACGUGGAUUACAGGUGAGCAGAGGGUGGUGGGCUCAGGGCGACGUGCCGAGGGGCGGCUCCGUGCAGCGAGGCCGUCUCGGAGCCGGAGAGGGCGCCGAAAAGGAAACGAGAGUCGGAGAGUGAAAGUGAGGAGGCUGUCACCCCACCGUCCCCUGCCACCCCACCGCCAGAGGAGCUGAGCAAAAAGGAAAAGAAAAAGAGGAAGAAAGACAAGAAGGCCAAAGAGGCUGCCGAGAGUGGGGGAGAGCAAAUGGAAGUGACCAGUGAGACCAGCACCAAGAAGAAGAAGAAGAAACAAAAGGAGGUAGAAGAGAGCUCGGAGUAAGCGACUGGACCUGUCCAAAGCAGGCGACCUCAUCGGUGGGGAGGGAGGAGUCUGAGGCCUUGAGGAAAAAGAGGACUGGCAGCGGGGCCAGCACGUUCCAGGCUCCUUUUCCGCUGUGUAUAUGAGCGAGAGGGUGUGUUCGCCCAGAGUAUGCCCUGUUUAGGUGCCUCUCCUCAUCCUGUUUUAAGGGUAGCCAGAGGAGAGGGGUGCCUGCCUGACUGCCCCUGCACUGGACUGCUCUGUGAAGCUGGAUGCCUUGAUGCCAAUAGAAGUGGUAUCUUCAGGGAA